GACACUGUGCAGUGCAGUAUACGAAAUACCCGCUGUAUUAAGUGCUGUAUUAAAAUACUAUACUAAAUGCUGUAUCAAAUUUGCCUCUUGGGGUGUAUGUAAAGACGCCAUGACUGAUCUGAGUAUGAAUUCUUGGAAAGCAUUUGAGCAAGCUAGUGACGUACUUUAGAUUGACUUUGAAGAGUGCAGAAAGAAUAGGAAAAUUUAAUGCGACAUCUUUCGCUGAGGCGCAGAUACUGAUAAAAAUGCGGAGAGGGAUAUUUUGAGUACCUGGAAAAACACGAGUUGAAGUGGGGAGUAAGAUUCUGCAUAUUUAGAAUUUAAAUCAACGGGUCAAUGGGUACUCCUCCACAACCAGGUUUCCGUGUCAUCCGGGGACCAGACUGGGUUUAUAAAAACCAAGAUGGCGGAAAGGGACAUGCAGGAACUAUUCUUUCACUCCAGGCUCAAUGUCAACCAAACUUUCCGAAGUUAUCUGUGCUGGUCCAAUGGGACAGUGGUGAUAAGGGUCUUUACCGGGUAGGUUACGACCUCGCCUUCGAUCUCAGGAUCAUUGACACAGCUAAUAAAGUUUGCCAUCCUAAGAUCUGGUGUGAUGGAUGUAAUGUUGAUGAGAUCAGAGGGAUACGAUGGAGAUGCACUGAAUGCUAUGCCAUUGACCUCUGUACAACCUGCUACAUGAAUGAUGAACAUGACCUUAGUCAUGUCUUCAUGAGAGUGCUUUCCUCAGACAAAACAUCAAUGGGUCCUAAGAUGCUACCGAGGUCAUCUUCUCCUCGAAUAGCUCUCAGAGGGAUAUUUCCAGGGGCAAAGGUUGUCAGACAUCCCCAGUGGCUCAAGAGACAGGGAUCAGGUAAGGUGCUCGGGACAGUGGUUAAACGUGAACAGACAUCUGAGGAAAGAGUCAAUGUCCAAAUAGCGGUUGCGUUUUCAUCUUCACCAGAUUGGAUAGACAUCAUUAAGAUCUUCUGCACACUGUCAGGCUCUGGCGGCCAGGUUUAUGACGGACACCUACCGAAUCUUGGAGAUCUGGAGGCUGUGAAUGAAGGAGACAACGUUCUGGUAACUGCGACCCCUGCAGAAUUGGAGACACUUCACAAGCGCAGAGCCCUGUGGAAGCCUGAGAUCGCCAGCACAUAUCGAAAGAAGGGCUUUGUGAACAGAAUAACCCAUACUGGCGACUUCACCGUGACUUUCCAUGACAGCCAGGAAACAUUCACCAUGAAUUCUGCAGCUCUAAGAAAGGUUCAUCGGCUUUGUCUUGGUCAACUUGUCCGAGUAAAUGAUGAUAUGGAGAUGGUCAAGAGAUUACAGUCUGGGCAUGGUGGAUGGACUUCAGCUAUGAAACAGGCUCUUGGUGCUGUUGGGAGAGUGAUAGAGAUUGACGGUUCCGAUAUUCGGGUUAAGCUGACGGAAAACAAAAAGUUAAUUUUCAGUUCUGCUAACCUGACACCAGAACGGAUUCGUGUUCCUAAACCGAAAGACCCCAACUUCGAAGAAAUGUUUCGCGCUCAUGAUCGGAUCAUGAUGGAUCCAGCAAUGGAGUUGAUUACAGCUUUAACUCUUGGUGAUAUCAAAGAAGCGGAGCGCAUACUGGCUCGACACCCGGAAUGGAUUAAUCACGAGCCCAUGCCUGGCGCUUCACCAUUAGGAUUCUUUGCAGGCCAAGGAGAUGUAAACGCGGUGAAGUUCCUCAUUGAGAAAGGAGCAUUGAUAGAGUCCAGUGACUUGAAAGGACAUACCUCACUUUUCCAUGCUACAAUGGCGAACAAUUUCGAAACAGUAGAGUACCUCCUACAACAAGGAGCUGAUGUACACGCUAUUGACUGGGAAGGGAUAACAUGUCUCUCCGUGGCGUGUGCUAAGGGGUUCUUUCAAUGUGCACACUUUCUAUUGAUGCAUGGUGCAGACGUCAACCAGAAGGGCGAGAAUAAUGUUACACCUGCACUCUUGACAAUUCAAAGUGGAUCAAGAACCAUCGUAGACCUCAUAAUGGAUAGGAAGGAUGCUGAUCUGAAAGCGGUUUCAAAGGAUCUAGUAUCAGUCAUGCAUGGUGCAGCAGCUGAAGACAAUACUCAUGCUAUGAAUAAAAUCUUAAACAAGGUCCCAAGAAUGGUAGACGCACGUGAAGACACGGACAAGACUCCUUUAUCAUCAGCUGCUAUCAAGGGUUGCCAAAAUGCUGCAGAACUGUUAAUAAAAAAGGGACGCUGCAAUGUGAAUGUAGUGGAUGGAGAAUUUGGGAUCAAUCCUCUCGGAGUUGCAAUUGCCCAUGGGAAUCUCCAUUUAGUUGAUGUCUUGGUAAAACACGGUACAAACCUCAACCUUCCAAAUUUUUGUGGAAAUACUACCCUGCAGAUUGCUCGGAAUGUUAUCCGGAACACGCAAUCAGGACAAGAUAUGAAAGAAGAACCGUUUAUGGCCGAGAUGAAGAAGAAAUGGGGGCACCUUGGAAUCAAGACAAACCCAGAAGCUCUUCUAGCCUUUCUUGUUUCUCAUGGUGGUGAUCUGAACGCAACCAACAGCGCUGGAAUCUCCAUGAAAAUCCAGCUUGACUUGGAACAAGAUCCAAUCCUGCAACCUCUACUUCAUAUACAAGCUCAAAGAGGGAAAGACAUUGCAAGACAGCAGACAGCAGCUAACCACCCUCUUCGUAACCUGACUAAGAAAAACAAAGACAUCGGAAGUGAUGCCAACCCUGUGUCAUCUCUUUUGAAGGAGAGUGCUGCAGCUAGACCAGCCGUAAAGAAAUCCAGUUCUGGAACAAUGGGAGCCUCGGUGAAGUUGACAGGGGAUUCGGCGCGCCCUGGGACGGGAAGAGUCCCGGAAAAGAAGGUGGCAGCGGUUUCUAGCAGUCAGCAGAAUUCCACAGGCGAGUUACACCACCUAAAAACUGAACUUCAACGUAAAGACAAAGAGCUUGAAAUCCUUAGGUCACGUGUUCAAACACUGGAACACCUGGUCAAGAAGAAGAUCUACUUUGCUUGCGGUCAUGACGUCAUCAAGAGCAUUGCUGAUUUGAUCCCGGAAUGCCCCAAUUGUAGCGAGCCUAUUUCCUCAGUCGUAGACCUGAAAUAAUAAGGACGAUAAUGAUGACGGGGUUGACAAUGUCGAUUGUGAUGGCGAUGAUGAUUAUGAUGAUUGUCUGGAGCUAUUAGCGUAGUGUGAACACUCUCAAUUGCAGGGAUUUGAAUUAAAUCCAAGUGGACUGUAUUUACAAUCGAAUUCUGGAUUUAGAUUUAAACCUGAAAAAAAUAAUGAAUCUUAAAAGCUAUGAAUUCAAAUCCUUUGAGAUUUAAAAAUCAAUCUUUAGGAUUAAAACUUUAAGACUAAAACGUCCACUUGGAUUUAUUUUAAAUCCAUGCAAAUUAUGGUGAAAUAAUUCGCGUUUAGAUGGGAGUGCUUCCUUUUGAAUAGACUCAGGGGGCAAGAUAUGGGUGCGGCGGGGGAAGGGGCGACCACCUUAAUUCCCCUCCUCCGAUGUUACAAGAAUGAAAAAUAACAGGAAUAAAAGGAGGGAAGGCGAAAAUAAUAAUUUUAGAAUAGAGGUUUUGUUACUUAAUAAUCCUCAAAAUUGAAAAGAAAAUCACGUUAAAGCGCGGCAAAAGCUUUGGAAAACCGUCAAUAUGAAUUAUAAUUGAGUAUCAUCUAAUAUACCUAUCUUAAAGAAGUGUAGUAUCCAAUUAAUCUCUUUUAAACUGCUAAUCAGAUCUUAGAUGUCUAGCGCCUUCCCACCGCGAUGUUUUUUAUUUUCUUUAAAAAAAGGCUUUUUAAACAAUUUUAUCUUAUACAAAUUUAAUAAUUGGAUAUCGGAAUUCUACGAACAAAAACACAGUAUUCGACAAUUUUCAGCUCACCUAAUUCUCUAAAAUAUUUUUAUAUAAAAAAGAUUAAAAAAACACGUGGAUAUAUUUCAUUUUAUCACGUUCUAGAUAAAAAAUAAAUUUUAAUUUAAAUAAAUUAUGUUCAUGUAUAAUCGCAUGAUUCAUUUUGUGGAUCAUAUUUUCAUUCCGUAUCCUCCACUUCAUAAUUGUUUUAGGGCAUAAAAUUCAUACAAUUUAGUAAUUUCAUUGAAUAGUGGCGCAUUUGAGCAUUUCCCAAUGGGAAAGACACAAAAACUUGUUUCUUGAAAUUGCCCUGUAUAAACUACUAAAAUUAUUCUCAUUUUGCUCGCUCACACAUUCAUCUGUUCAUGACGGGUCAUUAAACCCCCAAAACAAAGUGUGCUGCUUUAAGUCUUAAAUAGUAUUGUCACAACAAACAUCGAUCAAGAAACACAGUUUGUGAUCUUAACUGCCGUAACAAAAAGUAAAAAAAUAUUGUAUUACUUACUCUCUUUCGAUAUUUCUUUUCCCUUAGCUUUUCCGUGCUCCUUAUUCUUUAUACUUGAGAUAUUAAUUCACAUUGCUCAGACCGCAUUUAUAUCGCUGGUUUCUCACCGUUUUCAUUCACUACAACAUCCAGUAGCUCUAUUAUGUAAUUUCUGCUCAGAAUCUAGCUCUCAAAAUAACUACAAUGACUGUAAUCUGAUUAUUUGAUUUGAUUUCUUUAUUUACCAACAAUAUCCACAUGUUUACAGGUUAUGAAGCAAAUUGCAUAACAGUUACACAUGUAUAAAAAUACGAUGGUAAAUGGGACCAGAAAAUAGCACAAGUGCUAAUCGAGCCUGGCCCCAAAUGUGAUCUACCCCCUCCCCUGUCUCUUUGAUAUGCGUAUUACCAGUUCGAUGUACAAUUACAAUGAAAAAAAAAGUCUGGUGACAUGACAUAACCUUGUAUAACUUCCAUCUUCACUAAACACGCUUUACCAGUGCCCUAAGAACGAUUUUUAAACAGGGGAUGCUGGUUUAAAUUUGACAAGCAAAAAGAAAAAAAAGUUUUCACUAAAAAUUAUGGUCAUUUUGGUCAAGAGAAAUUUGACAAGCAAAAAGAAAAAAAAGUUUCGUUACAAAAUGAAGCUGAUUUUGAAUUAGUUUACUGCAAUGAUCAUACCCCAUCUUCCUAGGGCGAUGUACUAUACAUGGCUCCGAGUUAUUCUUGGCAUAUGUAGUAUUUUAACCGCACUUCCCCUUCCCCAUUGUAUUGCCACAGUACUGUUCUUUGCACGAUACCAAUAUUUUAGUAUUGGAAAAUGUGAUAAAAUCUUUGAAUAAUGUCCGAAAUAAUUUCAUAAUAUUACCACAGGGGCCGUUAUAAACGCCUCCACCUUUCACAAACGUAUUAAUACGUAAAUGACCAUCUGAUUGUGAUUUUUGCUUGGUCAGGCCUCCCCCUUUUAAAGGCGUUCCGCCGGAUGAUAAACUUCAAAAGAUUGUCUUUGAAUGUGGAAAAAAUAAAA